AUCGCUGGCCCGCUCAAUUUAGCGCCAACCUUCCUAUUAUUGUUGCCCCACGCCGCUCUCAGGGCGGGGACGCUCGACGCAUUUCAUCGAAGCUGCCACUACGUCAAAGUAUCAUCUAAUUGUACCUCACCGCAGUCGAUGUGCAAUGGUCUACAGUACGUGGCUAGAACUUCAAUCUGGUGCUCCUGGACUUGGUGGUCCAUUCCUUCUGGAACACUUAGUGCCGUACGAGUCAUUUCGCAAAGGCCAAGAGGCAACGCCGAGUGUGGUCGUCGCGAUAGGGGGCCUUCAAAAGAGACGAUUCCUACAGCAGCAUUUCUUCGUCAGCCAUGUUAGCCUCGAGCCGAACAUCAGAAUGGGAUACCAACCGGGAGUUGACUCGAUUUUGUUGGACUGCGAGCUUCACACUCUCACCCAUGCCCCUCGAAUAAAAGCCGGAAUUACGCCUGGGUGCAAUACGCGCCACGAACUUCAUUGCGGUUCGGGAAACAAUGCAAACGAGAUCGCGCACAGUCUGUAUAAUCACAUUUUAAUGCCUUUAGCAACUGUCACUUUCCUCUUUGUAGCCGAUCUUGGCGGUUGGGACAGUGUAACAAACCUCCUGGGGUUCUGGGCGCGAAGGCCUGUGCACGAGCCUGAACCCACCCCAGCCAUAGUCAUCCUAGUAUCGAGUGACCACAAAUGUCAAACUAGUGUCAGGGAUGUCAUAUUACAUGCCUCUACCAGGCUGCUCGAACAACUGAGACUAUCUGAACCAGCAAGGCCGUUCACCCGUCCAAAUGCUGAAAUGAUGAUACAACGACGAUUCACGAUUAAGAUUUUGAAUCGAUGUGCCACGAAUCGAGAUACACGUGCUGCUACCAUUGGCCUGAUCGAAGCAGCUGCAAUCCAACAGCGCCAAAGUCAGCCUGCGUUUUCUACACGUCAUCUGAUAUACCUCCUGCGGGUGGGCCUCGUUCAUUAUAGUGAAAGUCCGGGACAUUCUUUCAAUUCGUAUCUCGCAUUGAGACAGCACAGUCGAGUUCCUCCCGACGUAGCUCAUUGCUUGCAAAAUGUUCUGAGGUCUGUGGCAGGCACACUUGAGGAGAAAGCCGACAUCAUCGCUUCUGCGCUUUGGCUUGAUGCUUUCCCACCAGGAAUGCACUGCUUUUCCCCCGACAUAAUCUUUUCGAAUUUUUAUGCGACGAAUCUUGGCCUUUCAAACACGUCUUUUGAAAACAAAGGGCUUAAAGAUGUAGUGAAGACGAGACUUAUUGAGUUAGUGAGGACAAGAUUUAUUGAGUUAGUGAGCUCUCAGUGCACCGAUCACUUAACACGUCACAUCGCAGCGCUCAACUCCAGCAGCACAACAGUAUCGACUUGUGGUGAAAUAUGUGUCAUUUGUUUUGCAAGGACAGCAAUGUAUACCUUCGACUGCCAGCAUCGAAUCUGCAAUACCUGUGCUCUCAAUAUAGGAGAACAACGCGAGCCUUGGGAAGUGAGCAUACAGCGAUGCCCAGUAUGUAGACGACUUAAUACUGCUGAUUUCAUGAUCAGACCUCCGACAGCCGGACUAAGACUUUUGCAGCUGGGGGGUAGUGACUUUGCAAUUAUCUGGAGUUUCUUGAGUCAGCUCAAAAAGAUGUUGAACCUUGGAUCCCUACCGUUUUGUCAGUUUUUCGAUGGAAUCAUUGCGGAAGGAGCCGGGAUUUACUUUGCUCUGUCUCUGUUUCUAGAGAAGUGGAGCAUGAAAGAUUGCAAGAAGCAUCUCUCCUCAAACUUCCUUCCCGAGGUACACAAUGGAACCUCUAUCAGUCAUCGCAUGCUCGCCUGGAUGGGCAGGUCCCCAGACAUAACCAUUAAAUAUAACGGGGGAAGCUAUAGCGAUGGGCUUGUUGAUGCAAUAUCAUCCAAGCUUAUAUCAUCUUUGUUUUACAUUGAAUUGAUAACGGUGCCAGUAUUCCGUACUGUACCAGCAGAAUGUACCGUACGUUUGCUCUGCCGCGUCAACCCCGGUCCGACCUUUAUGAAUCUACUUAUGGAGCUGCACCAGCGACAAACGUGUAUACAAUAUCGCAGCGCGGACAGCCAGUUCACGGAGACUCCAAUUUUUACAAAGAAGAUAUGGAGUAUGUGUAGUAAAGGGAUUCCUUUCGCAAAAGAGCUUGACUUAGACGUCGUCAAUAUGGAUUCAUUGAUCGAGGUUAAACUUGAUAGCCGGGCCGGAUCGCCGCAGAACAUUAGCAAUUGUCCAUAUCGAAUUAUAGACUUGAUACAGGAUCAAAAGUUAGAUGUUACGUCUGUGGUCCCAGGGUUUCAAGCUGAAUCAGAGAUGAGUGGUACCAGAGACGAGGAUUUGGUAGGGGGAGAUACGCUGGCAGGGUCAAUGACAAGGAUGUACAGAGUACUGAAUGAAUUAUGAUGAAAUUAAUACAAGC